CGGAUUGUUAAUUUGUUAUAUUAAAAAUUAAAACGGACAAUUUUCAAUUUUAAUAAAAUGGCUCAAUUCGGAAACGUUUCAGCUGAUCAAAUAAUGGUUGGCAGUAGUGUUUUGUCUCGACCUGCCGAAGAAUUCGAUAAUGAUCCUUCUGUGGAAGCGAUGUGGGCUAUGAAAGCUUUCGAGCACGCUGAAAUUUACUUUAACAUCUUGUGUUCGGUGGAUCCAAAAUUACUGAGAUUAACACCUCACGAUGAGCAAAUUUACAAAACGUUUCGCGAAACAUUUCCAAAUCUCAAAGUCGACGUGAUAAAUGAAGACGAAUUAAAAUCUGAGGAGGGAAAAAAAAUAUGGAGACCAUUUUGCGAGCAUUUUAAAAAUGUCGUUGAAGAAUAUAGUUUUGGCACUCUUUUGCGUUCAAAUUGUAAGGAUGGUUACACGGAAACUAAUAGUAUUUUAACAACGAGAAUACAAUUUUACGCCAUUGAAUUGGCGAGAAAUCGUGAGGGUGACAACGAUGGAAUUCGAGAGAAAUUCAAACCGAAGAAAAUAAUUAAUAACGAAAAUAAGUCGUAAAAGUAGAUAAUUAAUUUUAGUCACACUUUAUUUUUGUUUUCAUUUU